CUGCAAAGGAGAAGAAGAGAAUGAAAAGUUGCCGAGCUGGCUCCGACGCGAGCCGCCUGCCGUCUGGUCUGGUGUCUGGACUGGCCGGACUGGCCAGCAGUUCGGGCUACUGAUUGUCUAUCGGGAUGUCGACGUCGCUGUGGCGACUCUAGCGACGCGGCGGGUCAACUCAGCGUUGUGACGGCCGGGCCGGGCGGAUAGGACCGUCUCAAUAAGCCACAAGGUCAACUCGACGCGAGCUGAGGGCAGGCUGCGCGCUGCGCAGGCCCAGCUGGCAAAUUUGACUGCUCGUGUAUAGCGGCCCUCUGCUCGCCUGCGCCAGGACAGUGCCGUAGGGCGGCAGAGCGCGCCGUCCGGCUGGAACAUGAAGGAGUUGAGCAUCCUGGUGGCAGUCACCUGCAUAGCAGGAUUUGUGUGUGGUCUUGAUCCGCAACCAACUGCUAAUGUUUGGCAGACAGCAAACCACACUAGACCUUGGCAAAAUCCUGCAUGGGCCACUCCAGGUAGCCAGCCACCAAGUGGUGUGACAACUCCCCAAAUUCCUCGUGGAAACACUGACUGGCCCUCUCUUCCUGGUGCAAAUCAACCCUCGCAACAACAAGGUCCUACUCGAUCUUAUAGCAACGUAGUGAGCCCUGUCAACCAAAGACCACCAAAUGCUGCCACCUCUCCAAGCCCUCAACGACACAACUAUAAUGGACAGCAAAACACUCAGAGAAACACACACUAUCGACCCACACAAUCAUCAAAAACCUCUUCUUCACAGAAUAUAACGCAACCGACUGACCGUGAACUUGAAGAAUUGUCGGAAAAGUUAUUUAAUGACGAUCUUAGUAACACUGGGAGAAAUAUUCGACUCAGUAUUCAGAGCCGUACUCAAUCAAAUUCUUUAGUUGACGAAGCUCCUCAGCCUUUACUCUCUGUCGAUGGUGAAGCACUGCAGAAGCCUACAAUUAAAGCUCUGAGGCAACUUUAUGAUAAUUACAUUGCUGACCCAUCAUUUGUAGAGUCUGUAACAGCUGCUGAACGACAAGAGGAAAGUGAGUUUUUGGACAAAGUUCUUGAUACCACAGUCAUGAAGGAGGCUAUGGAUUUUCUCUCUGACAAAGGGUUUGUCCAGAAAAACAAAAAGGCAUACAAGGAUUUACUGAGCUUGCUUUGGUUUACCAUGUAUUCAAGGGGAGGUGGAAUAAUAGGAUCAAGUGCAUUUGAACAUGUCUUCAUGGGGGAGCUCAAGAGAGAUGAGGUGGGUGGUCUACACAACUGGAUCUUUUUUGCAAAUGAGGAGGAAAACCAUAGAGUUGAUUAUAUGGGAUAUCUCAAGAAACUUGACCUUGGGAAGAAAAGUAAUCUUCUCAAAGUUCACUUCCGCUGGUCCAAUGUUAUCAAGCAAGCUGGAUCAAUGUUUGUUGGAACAAGUCCUGAGCUGGAGAUGGCACUGUACACAGUAUGUUUCUUCACUCGCCCUGAUGACCGCUGCCCCUUGAGUAUUGGGGGGAAAACUUUUGGAAUUCAAACAAGAAGAUAUUACCUGAGAGGUAACCGAGGAACUGUGAUUGGGACUGCAUAUCCAGUUUUUUAAGUAAUGAAGCUUACAAAAACGAUUGAGUGAUACCCAAUGUAUAUGAUGUCAUUAGGAUCAAGCAAGGAAAUAGAAAACAUCCUUCUCAACUAAAACAA